ACCAGUAGCUUCCAGUCCAUUCAGGAUGCAUUGCUUCAAAUCACUGGAAGGAUUAGAGAUGUCAUCAUUCCCCCGAAGCCACAUCCUAGUGGAGGCAUGCCUCCAUAUCCACCUGCCGGGAACACAUCUCAUCAACCAGCUCCACCACAUCAUACUGGAGGCAUGCCUCCCUAUCCUAUGCAUCCUUUCAGAACUCAUCCUCCUAUGGGUCCUUUUGACAUGGUAGAUCAUCGACCACCUGGACCACCUCCCUCGCAUCCAAUGGAACAUAUGGGUGCUGGGCCCUACUCGUAUGGUGGCGAACAAGGAGGUCCUCGUCCUUAUGUUGAGCAACCCUCACAGAGAACCUGGGGUCCUGAGGCACCGCCGACUGACGCUGCAAGAAGCAUGCCUGACAUGGUACCAGCUGUAAAUUUCCAAAAGGGACCAGUGGCGAGCAGUGAAAAUCAAGUGGCUGCACCAACAAGUACAACAACUGAAAUUGUUGUCCCUUGCAAGUACAUAGGUUAUAUUUGUGGCACCAAUGGCAGUGACCUUGCCGAGAUAAAAAAGAUGUCUGGCGCUGUAAUUACAGUUCACGAUGCAAAACCUGGAGAUACAAACACAACAGUUAUUGUAUGCGGGGAUGGUGAACAGACUAAGAAUGCACAGCGCCUGAUUCAUGCGUUCAUCUUUUGUGGUCUCUACCAAACAUGACCCAUGACAGAUGAUGAUCAUGAGCUGUAUAUUGUCCAGAGGUUUCCAUCUGGAUCGUUUUUUCCCUGAUAGGAUGUAUGUACAUUGUACAAUAGUCAUUGGAGUGUAGAUAGAACUGUAUUGAUGUCUGGACGCACAGCACCUGUGUAAGUUCUUGAGUUGAUAGCUGGAACAUACCACCAUUGUAAGUUCUUGAGUUGAUAGCUGGACACACAGCACCAAUGUUAGUUCUUGUAUUUGGUUCAAGGAAUUACCAUGGAAGGCGUGCCCAA